CCAUGAGCUACACGCUAGAUGAAGUGAGGUUUUCUUUGGAAGUUGGACCGUGCUAACGCUUAGCUUUUUUGCUCAGCUCCCAGGAAACCAGUCGUGUGUGGCUUUCCGUAAACCCCCGAGUCUGGAGUUUGAAUCUUUUAGUUUACCUGCUACAGACUAGUGUUAACCGGCAGCAUGUGCUGUUGCAUCGCCGUCUAGUUUCAUUAGUUGGACAGCAUCCUUCAUGUCUCCAACUUAUCUGAUUAGCUGGGAUGUUGGGGAUUUGAGCGAUUCACAUCGGUGCCCACGUUCUGCUGCAGAGGAGAGCGCAACAGGAUGAGGAGGCUGUAGGCACCCACCGUAGUAUGGCCGCGUCCCGUUCCUCGCGUGUCACAAGGUCAUCAGUGGGGCUCAAUGGAUUGGAUGAGAAUUUUUGUGGUCGAACCCUCAGGAACCGCAGCAUCGCCCAGCCAGAGGAGACCUCGGUGCCUCCGCUACCCAGGGCACGCUCGCCCAAGAAGAAGCAGGAGUCGAGGCACGAUACCAAGCAGGAACCAAAACCGGAUGUCAAGCACGAGUCGAAGCAGAAGUCAAAUGAUGUCAAACAAGGCAUCAAGCAGGAUGCCAUCAAGAACUCAAAUGACGACUCUGAUCAGGAGUCAAAGUGUGACGUUACGCAGGGCACAAACCCACAGGAGUCUCGCUUUCAGGACAGUCAGCAGCAGGACUGGAUGCACAGAAACGUAACAGACACCAUUGUUUCUCCAGGUGAUGCAGAUCAAUCAACCAUUUCCAGGAAGCGAGGGGCAUCCUGUUUAGAAAAAGACAUCAGCCAGGAGAAUUAUGAGAACUCUGACCCAGUGAAAGCGCUGCAGGAUACCUCCCCUCAGAUCAAGAGGGCCAAGCGGUCUUCUCGCUUUGGGGAGUCUCUGGGACAGAAAGAGGACCAUGGGCUUUUUAAACCUGAAAGUCCAGCGUCUGUCCCGGAGCCUUGUAAGGAUAUCUUUUGUGAAGAAUUACCCAGCCACAAUUCUACUAACGCAGCACCGGCCUCCCCCGUCCUAUGUAGGCAGGAAGGUGAGGUGAUUGGACGGAAGGGGGAGGAGGAUGGUCACACGGAGUGUGAUGAGGUGGUUUAUAAGGCUUCUAACGGACUCAAAGACACUGGUGCGGAUGAAUCUGGCACACUGACUGAACAGCCUAGUGGUAACCCCGCCUCUGCCGCUAACGCCCCGUCGCUGCUGAACGGCAGUCAGAUGGGGGCUCCCUCAUCCCCCGACCCCUCUGUGCCUUUUACAAACUCUGCCCCUGAGCAAAGGGAGACCUCUGGCUCAGGGGAAUCUUCAACCUCAGCAGCGCCCACGCUUUUGGAGGCUCCAGAGGACUCCAUUCCUGACUUGAUAGUGGCCAAAGAGCAGGAGGUGGAGGACGUGGAGGUCGAUGUAGUAGGUGAUACUUUGUGUCUGGCCCACGAGGAGCAGGUGACGUUGAGCGAUGGCGAUACCAAUGGUCGGCCACCCUCACCAGUUCAGGAUGCUUCGUCCUCCACCUCCUCCACCAUGAACUUAAACUGUAGUUCAAUCAACAGCUACUCAGGAGAAACCACACCCCCCUCCCCCACAGAGUCAGGGUGCAACCCUUCAAUAUCCAGCAUGUCCCCUUUCACAGAGCUCUAUGAACACAGAUACACCCUCCGGACUUCACCUCGGAGAGUUGCAUCUGCUGGCAAAGCGUCCCCCUCCAAAGCCAACUCUCCUCUGACUGACAAUGGACCUUUAAGGGAAGGAGGAGAGGUGGAGGAGGACUGUCCCAAGGCAGAGGACCCUGUUUGCACAGAAUCGGUUGGCUCCUCCAGCCAGGAGCCACUUUCUGUGAAUCCUGAUCACAGGGCGGGCGAUAAGGGUGAUGGCUUUAUGGAGGACAAGGAAACAGAGAGCAGCAAGGAGCUGACACGGAGCCGGGCAGCAGAAGAGGAGGAGGAGGAGGAAAGGGAGGAGCCUGACGUGUAUUACUUUGAGUCAGACCACCUGGCUCUUAAACACGACAAAGAUUAUCAGAGACUGCUGCAGACCAUCGUUGUUCUGGAGGCCCAGCGAACGCAGGCCCUUCUUGACCUGGAGACGCUGGCAGGCCACCAGAGAGCGGCGCUCGCCAACCCCAUCGGCUUUGUGGAGCAGCUGCAGAAACAGGUGAAUUUGGGCUUGCCGUGUCUCCAGCGCGUGGUGCAGCUCCCCGACAUCGCCUGGGAGCAGUACACCUCAGGUCUCGGGGACUUCGAGAGAGAGUUCUGCGACAAACGAAAAACUCGACAGCUGAAGUUAAUCUUUGAUAAAGGUUUGUCCCUUAGACCAAAAAGUCCCGUUGAGCCAAAGAAGGAAGGCGAAAGCUCCACCAUGUACUCUUCUCUUCCCACGAGCGAUGGCCCGGAGAGCGGCAGACAGGCGCAGAUGAUCAGAGGGAGGAUUUGCCAACCAAAUAAGCCUGACACUUUUAACCAGCUGUGGACUGUGGAGGAGCAGAAAAAACUGGAGCAGCUUCUGGUUAAGUUUCCACCUGAGGAAAUUGAGUCUAGAAGAUGGCAGAAGAUCGCUGAUGAGCUCGGCAAUCGGACGGCCAAACAGGUUGCCAGUAGAGUUCAAAAGUAUUUCAUCAAACUGACAAAAGCUGGGAUCCCCGUGCCUGGACGAACGCCCAACCUCUGCAUGUACACUAAAAAGGCCUCCAGUAAGAGACAGCACCACCUUAACAAGCACCUGUACCGACCCUCCACCUUUCUCACCUCCUACGAGCCUCCGGUCUACAUGGAUGAAGAAGACGAGCGCUCCCCAUAUUACAACAGCCUGCAGGACCCUUCUGCUGAUGACUCGGAUGAGGAAAGCAUUCCUGUGGAGCUGAGGAACCUGCCCGAGUACAAAGAGCUUUUAGAGCUGAAGCGGUUGAAAAAACAGAAACUACAGGAGAUCCACGAGGAAAAGGACGAGGUCCAGCACGUUGGCUACAAGUGUGAUCUGUGCGGCACCGAGCCCAUCCAGGGAGUCCGCUGGCACUGUCAGGAUUGUCCGCCGGAGAACGCUGUCGAUUUCUGCUCCAACUGCUCAGACUGCCUGUUGAAGACGGAGACCCACAAACCGAACCACCACCUGGAGCCGGUGUAUCAGCCAGACACCUUUCUGGACAGGGACUACUGCCUGCCGAGCACUGGCACAGGCUACAACUACCUGGACCCUAACUACUUCCCAGCCAACAGAUGACAGGGUCCCAGGCGCCCCUAGCUCAAAGCUCUCUCUCCACAUUUCCCACAGGCCACUCUGUGCACGGCUCCAUCCUCCAAGAGAUCCGCCUAACUGACCAUCAGGCAGGCAGGCCAGCAGGCACUCAGCCAGCCAGCCGUGGGCCUUGGAGCAGCUGGUGGGAGGGGGGCUGUUGGUAACGGACAAUUCUGACUUGAGCAAAGGAGGGUCAUGUUAAAAAAAAGAAAAACGAGUGGCCAGAAACACCUCAGCCAGGGUAUUCAACGGUGAUUAGAAAAAUUACACUAUUUUUAAAACAAGAGCAGGAAACAGAAGGCACACAACAUUCCUGAGCUCCGUGACUCCAGGAGAGUCGCCCCACCCCCACUGGACUAGAUUAAUCCGGUGAAGCGCCAUCUAGUGGAGAGACCAAGCUCAUCUGUUUGGUGGUUUCAAUGUGUGUGUGUGUGUGUGUGUAGUCUCCGUUUUAUGCAAGAGUGAAAAGUAUUUUAGAUGGAGUAUUUAUGAGUCACUGGCUGCUUCAGCGUAUGAAAUCCCAGUCCGUUCUGCAGACUGACCACGUCAACAUGUCACUGUCACACACCGCAGCUCCCCCCCCACCCCCAACACACACACCCGCACACACACACACACACACACCCGUUUCUGUUGCUUUUCCCACAAAACCAUGGAAGCACUACAACACAGAGAGAAACUUUUCCUUUGAAGGCAGAACGACAACGGGUGGAAAAACAAAGUUGUGUUCUCCAUUUCUUUAUUUCCUUUCCUCUCCCCGUCGUGUGCUGUUGUUGAUCAUGUUGAGUGUUCAAGUGUAUUGUGGAAAAGUGAAAAGUAGCCACCGCUAGUUGCUGUGUGUCAUUAAAAUAAAACACACACAAAAACAAAAAAAGACAACUGUUUGGUUUGUUUCGGCAGGAGACCUCGAACCCGACCACUUCUUUGGCUCCGUUGACCCACUCUCUUUGUUCUUGAUCCCAUCAUCUUGAUCUUUCAUUUUGCAACCCUCUUUUAAAGGUCCAUUUAAAAGAUUGUAUUUUUAUUAAUCUAUUUAAAACCUGAAUAAUUAAGGUAGUGGCUGGUGCCUCCGCAGUGGAACGACCCACACAGUUUUAUAUACAUAGAUUUUGUUGUGCUUGAGUAGACACCAUUUUAUAUGGUUUUUGUCUCUUUCCUUCACCCCCUUUUCCCUGCUUCAGUAUCUGUGUAUAACAGUCUGUUCUUAUGUAAAAAUAUAAUGUAAAAUAAAUAAAUGCUAGAGGAGAGCUGUGGAAAUAAAAGUAUGUGAAAAAUGUUUUUA